GCUCUUUAAUCUGUAGUUACAUCUCACACCGUACAGUUGUUUUUACUCUACAUAUCCAUAUAUUUACGUAUUUUUUUUUUAAAAUUCUUUAAUAAUAUAAAAUUUUAUUAUAAUUUUAAAAUAUACUGUACCUUUUAUAAUCUUUGUUUAAAACGCCACUAAUUAUUACUACUAUUGAUGAAAAUGAAAUAUGGACAUAGAGCAUAAUGUUACAGUGAAUAUAUUAUUUUUUGCAAAAUCAAAAGAACUCUCUGGAAUCAGAGAGACGACACUCCAACUACCUAGAAAGAUCUCAUAUAAACAACUACUAGAUCUUAUUGUACAGAAGUACAACCUUGAAACAAUAAAAAACAACAUUUUACUUGCCAAAAACGAAGUCGUGUGCGAGGAGACUGUAGAUAUAGUAAUAAGUGAUCGAGACAGCAUAGCUGUGAUACCACCACUUAGUGGAGGAUAAGACUGACAAUGGAUCACCUCAAGUUAACAGUUGAUGCACUAUCUAUUGAUGCCAUCAGUGACCUGGUUGUGGACGAGAGCUGUGGAGCAGUCUCUAUCUUUGUUGGCACAACCAGAGAUAAUUUUGAUGGUAAAAAGGUGGUGAGAUUGGAGUAUGAAGCAUAUGAGUCAAUGGCUUUAAAAGCCAUGAAAGCCAUAUGUACCGAUGUGAGGAGCAAGUGGCCACCUGUUCACAAUAUAGCUAUAUACCAUAGGUUAGGCAACGUACCAUGUCGCGAAGCGUCCGUCGUGAUAGCGGUCAGCAGUCCGCACCGGCGCGACUCCCUCGACGCUGUGUCCUACUGCAUCGACCAGCUGAAGGCGAGUGUGCCUAUCUGGAAGAAGGAGGUCUACGAGGGGGACGCACCCGUGUGGAAGGAGAACGUGGAAUGUCCACCUGAAACGGUCCCCAUACCACCUCCAACCAUAACAGACACGAUAGACCCAAACUUGGUACAAAUUAAUGUAUCGAGCGAAGAGUUACAACAGCGCAUGCAGAAUUUCAUAGAGCGAAAGAGACAGCAAGUGAAUAUAAGCAACAUACAAGAUUUCAUACCUUCGCAAGGUGUGAAUGAGCCGGAAGAUACGGAGACGUGCGCGAGAGUGAGGACGCAGUUUGUAAAGCGAAGCGAUUCUAAAGGGCAUUUGAAGAUAAGGAAAGUCCACAACGAGUGGGGUCCGCAAACCGUCCAGUACACGGACACCAGCCAGGAGUCGAAGGCGAGCAGCGGCCUACCGCCGUCCAUCGCCGAGAGGGUGCUCGCCGUGGAGAAGUACCUGAACAUAACGCCCGUCUCGCCGGACAUAUUCAGGAGGCUCAAGGAAAUGGAGGAUAAGAUUGCGCACCUGCAGACCGUGUCGCCGGAGUACGCGCAGUUUUGGCGAAGAAAUGGUAAAGAAGAUAUAAAACAAGAGCAUUCGACAGACUACGCAUUCUCGGCGGACGACAUCGCAAGAAAGAUUGAACUGUUGGAAAGACAGGGGUUCACGUAAUCAGUAGGAUACUAUCUUCACGCUAAGUCCCUUGAAGGGUGGGCAGUAUUAUUAUAUGAAAGUAAAUCUACAACAGGUCCAAAUAAUUCAAGAAUUAAACAAUUUUGUAGUGUUAUUUUUAUAUCAGCCAUUAACUGACCACUGCUGAAUAUGGAGGGGGGAAGGGGGGAGGCAGUAGUUGCUACGCGUGGCGUACAGGUUGGCAACCGCAGUUAGGCUUUAGUGAUGUUUUAUAAGGACGCUGCUGCCCAUCCCUCGACCGUUAAGUUCUAGUCGCUUCGUACGACCCACUGAAAAAGGAAGGCCUAUCUUAUGCUGCAACCGUACGGCGAUCAUUGGAUUUAAAUAUAUUAUGGACGAGAAGUACCGAAUAGCAUUAAUAAUGCCUAAAACGUAUUGCAUAAUUAUUCUAUACAGUAGAUCAGUGUUUUUCAACGUAUGGGUCACGACACCUCAAGGGGUCGCGACCCAUUACGCAAUCUCUUGGGGAUUCGCGAAAACUACCUCAGUAAAAAGAAACAAAGUUAUAAAAUAUCUUCUAUGGAUUAGAGUAUUCAGUCCCUAAAAUAUUUUUCUUUUUUAAUGAGUGAUAAUGGAAUGGUAACCCCACCUGCGCUCGGUAUACGCUGGUGGGGCACCAGUGAAGGAUGAUAGGUGAGCAUGAAGUAGGUCAGUUAGCCCAUCGUGACGAAUUCAACAAGAAUUGUUCACGAUGGUUUCCAGGGGGAGCCACGUGGAGGUCGGCCUAAUAAGGUAUAUUGCUAGCAAUGGGGCUGUCAAACUCCAUUGCUAACAAUCCUUUUCCCCCUAAUAGAAUGUAUUACUAGCAAUGGGUUCCUUAGACCCCAUUAUUAACAAUCCCUCCCCCCCCCCCCCUAGAAUAAUUUGUAACGUUAUAAGAUGCAUAAAAAAAACGAAGGGUCGGGGUCGCGAAAUAUUUUUUCAUACUAGGGAGGUCGGGUCAUGAAAAAGGUUGAAAUACACUGCAUUAGAUUAUUCAAUUGAAAUUUGUGUUAAUUGAUUUAAACCUAAGGCCGCCAAAAUGUAACAUUCUCGCUAUAAAGUACUAGAGAUAUCUGUAAUCAAAAAUUCUUAUGUGUACAUAUU